AAUACAAUUUUCAGAUUUUGCCCUCUCCUUUUCUAAACUUAAUAAAAAAUACCCUCUCCUUUACUACCUUGGCCGCACCACCACUUCCCGCCGCCGUUCACCGCCGUCUGCCGCCAACUCAAAUAGUGCAAAUUUCAAUGGAAGUUCAAAGUUUAUCUUUUAAACUUUCCUUCAGCACACCCACCACUUCACCAAAUCAAAUCCCAAAAAACCCAUUCUUUCAUGUUUUACACAAACCAUUAAAUAAUAAUCUUACCCUUAAAGGCUCUUUCUUGAAACCCCAUUUUUCUUUUUCUUCUAAAAUCUUACAGUGUACUAAUUGUUUGCAAAGAAUGGAAAAAGAAGUUAUUACAGUGAAUAAAGAACUUAAAAAGAAGAAAUUAGCAGUUUUUGUAUCUGGUGGUGGUUCAAAUUUCAAGUCAAUUUAUGAAGCUACACUUGAAGGGAUUGUUCAUGGAGAGGUAGCUGUUUUAGUUACUAAUAAACAUGAUUGUGGAGGUGCUAAGUAUGCAAGGGAGCAAGGCAUCCCUGUUAUUUUGUUUCCUAAAGCAAAGAAUUCAUCCGAGGGUUUAUCAGAGGAGGAUCUUGUGGGUUCUCUAAGAGCCCACAACAUCGACUUCAUUCUUUUAGCCGGGUACGGGAAAAUACAUCUCGAAGACGAUACUCGAAAGGAACCUGAAUCACUGUUUGUAUUUACUUUCUGCGUUCUUUAUAAAUGUACAAAACAUGAACUCGUAGUAUAGUGGAAACUUUAUUUUUGGAAUGACAUGUUGAUAUAUGUAUUUA